GUAUAGUAUCAAUGAAAUUUUGGGCAUUGUUUCAUUAAUAUGUUCUUAGCUUACGUUAACAGGAAAGACAAAUAGAUCCAACAUUAUAAAUAGUACUAGAAAUAAAAAAGCUACAAAUAACAACUAUUUAAAUACAUUAUCAAUUAUUUUCUAGUCAUACUGAUAAAUCAAACCACAGUCUCCCACAUUCCAGUACCACUUUAAUUUUGCGUGCGGAUAUUUAUCAAACUACUUAACACUGCCAUAAUAAAUUUCCGGAUUGCAUAGAUUGCAGCGCCAUCAUUGGCUGCAUUAAUAACUUUGUAUAACAUUUGCGGUUACCAACAUAUUUUAGCACGUGGACAGAUAUGGAACUAAUAUAGCCACGUACAAAGUUAACAGAAAGGAUAGAUACUAGCACCACUCUGAGCUGCAUGUGUUAUUUUGCAUUUGCACUAGUUACUUUGUGGUCAUUUUGUUAGUUUUGGAUGUGCACACGGUUUUAUCAGUGAUAUAAAAUGGUGGUACUCUGUAAAGUGGGCACUAUUUGGCCGUGCAACACGGUUGAAGACAGAGGUUCAAUGAACGGCAUUUUUUCAUUACCUGUUUGAAAUUCUAAUUAAAGCACCAUGAGCGGCAACAAGCGGGACCUGCUGCUGUUCUUCGACCGGCCCACGGAGCCCUGCUUCAUGCAGAAGGGCGAGGACAAUGCCGUCUUCCAACUUCCGGACCACUACUACCCGGACAAAUACAAGAGCGCAUCAACUCAGCUAGAAAGCAAGUUCGGCUCGGGCUCCGGGCGUUCCAUCCCCGUCCGCAACAUCGCGCUCCCGGACUUGUCGCUGCCCAUGAAGCUUCCCUACAACGACCAGUUCUCGCUGUUCGUGCCCGCACACCGGCAGCUCGCUGGAAAACUCAUCGACAUCUUCAUGAACAUGCGAGACGUGUCCGACUUGCAGUCCGUGUGCUCCUACUGCCAGCUGCGCAUCAACCCGUACAUGUUCAACUACUGUCUCUCCGUCGCCAUACUGCACAGGCCAGACACUAAGGGGCUGAACAUCCCCACGUUCGCAGAGACGUUCCCCGAUAAGUUCGUGGACCCCAAGGUGUUCCGUAAGGCGCGGGAGACCACCACCGUCGUGCCCGAUGGCUCCAGAAUGCCAGUAGUUAUCCCACAAAACUACACGGCCGCUGAUGCUGAACCGGAGCAGCGCGUGGCGUACUUCCGCGAGGACAUCGGCAUCAACCUGCACCACUGGCAUUGGCAUCUCGUCUACCCCUUCGAGGCCGCUGACAGAAACAUCGUCAACAAGGACAGAAGAGGCGAAUUAUUCUACUACAUGCAUCAGCAGAUCAUCGCUAGGUACAACUUUGAGCGACUCUGCAACAACCUGCAAAGAGUGCAGCGCUACAGAGAUUUCCGGGCUCCCAUCGAAGAAGGAUAUUUCCCGAAGCUGGACUCGCAGGUCGCUUCCCGCGCCUGGCCACCCAGGUUUUCUGGCAGCACUAUCAGAGACCUGGACCGGCCGGUGGACCAGAUCCGCGCAGACGUGUCCCAGUUGGAGACCUGGCGCGACCGCUUCAUCCAGGCGAUAGAGGAUGGCGCUAUUGAUCUGCCAAGCGGCCGCAAGCUCCCCUUAGAUGAACAGACCGGUAUAGACAUCCUAGGAAACCUGAUGGAAGCAUCAGCUUUGAGCCGCAACUCCGCCAAGUACGGAGACCUGCAUAACAUGGGACACGUGUUUAUCUCUUAUGCUCACGACCCUGAUCACAGACAUCUUGAACAAUUUGGCGUGAUGGGAGACUCUGCGACAGCCAUGCGUGACCCGAUCUUCUACCGCUGGCAUUCUUACGUUGACGAUAUCUUCAACUUGCACAAAGCUAAGCUCACGCCCUACAGCAAGCAACAGCUGGACUUCCCCUCCGUCCGCGUGUCCUCCAUUAGCGUCCAAGGCCGCGCCGGAGCCAACACCUUCGCCACCCAGUGGGAGCAGAGCAUCGUGGAACUGUCCCGAGGAUUGGACUUCCAGCCGAGAGGCAGCAUGCCAGCUCGCUUCACCCAUCUGCAGCAUGAGGACUUCGUCUACAAUAUCGAGGUGAACAACACCAGCAGCCAGUCAGUGAUGGGCACCGUCCGCAUCUUCCUCGCUCCGGUACAGGACGAGAGCGGACAACCUCUGCCCUUCGAGGACCAGAGGCGCGGAAUGGUGGAACUUGACAAAUUCUCCGUUGGCUUGCGCCCCGGAAACAACUCCAUCAAGCACAACAGCAAAGACUCCUCGGUCACCAUCCCCUACGAGCGCACCUUCCGUAGCCAGGAAGCGCGCCCCGGCCAGCCCGGCUCGGACCAGGCGGCCGAGUUCGACUUCUGCGGCUGCGGCUGGCCGCACCACAUGCUGCUGCCCAAGGGCACCGCGCAGGGCUACCCCUGCGUGCUCUUCGUGCAGGUCACCAGCUGGAACGAGGACCGGGUGGAGCAAGACCUAGUAGGCUCCUGCAACGACGCAGCAUCAUACUGCGGCAUCCGCGAUCGCAAGUACCCGGACAGGCGCGCCAUGGGCUUCCCCUUCGACCGCCCCAACCCCGCGCGCUCGCUCUCCGACUUCCUGCAGCCCAACAUGGCCGUGCAGCAGUGCAGGAUCAAGUUCACAGAUGCCACUAGGGUCAGAGCGCAACGGUAGAUCUUAGUUUGCAAAAAUUGCCCUAACAUUACCAACAUUUUUCAAUACAACAUCGUCAUCAUCCACGAGCAUCACGAAAUGGCUUCUAAAACUUUCUGUAGCGAAAUAUUCUAAAUCACUAGGAUCAGAGCGUUCUUAUUCUUCAAAAAAACCGCCCUAACCAUAACUUUCUUUAGCUCAAUAAAUAUAGGAAUUUUAUUAGGAUUAACUAUAAUAUUUUAGUACGAGUAUGUAGUGUUAUUGUUAUGCACUGGAUAUGGUUGCCGAAAGUAAGAAGAUGACAAGGGUCAGGGCAUAGAAUUAGAGAAAUCACCUUGGUUCAUCGCAAUCGACUUUGGUUUAUGAAUAUUGGACAACGAUUAAUGUAUAAUUAUUCAUUAUAUUUUAAAUUAUUUAUAGUACUUAAAUUAGUUGUUAAUGGUAACAUUAUCUUCAGUUUCGUUGCUUAUACUCGUAGUAGCAAACAAGCUUCUAUUAGUUGUAACUUCCUAAGGCUCAGGGUCCUACCUAUAGUACUUAUUCAGUUCGAUGACAUUUAAAUCAUAUUGAAUUGGAACAGAAUUACUUUUGUUUUUUUUUCAUUCAGUUUUCAAACAAAACAAAAUCAACUGUAUUCUCUAUACUAUAGGUUCAAAUUCCAGUGUCAAAUUUUGGAUUUUUUAUUGUUAGAGUGCCUUAGGAGCAUACAUUUUUGUUUUUCUUUAUAUCUUAUUUUAUCAAGUUAUAUUUAAUUUUUGUGACCUCAUUAUUACACACACACAUACCUCAUUAUUAGCACAUUAAGUGCAUGUAUAAGUACGAUACCUAUAUUGGUAUCGGCAUAGGUACCGACAUCAGAUAUUUCGGAGUGGCCAAGGUACUCAAAAAUAUCUGAACACGCACUCUAACACCUUGAUAAUAGAGACGUGUUCAGAUAUUUAUGAGCACUUUGGCCGCUCCGAUAUAUCUGAUGGCGACUGUACCUACUAUUUGCUGUGAUUAGAUCAUACCUUACUAUUGUAAAGUUUAGCUGGUCUACAGCCCUACAACAUUUUUUUUAUUUUUAUAAGUAAAUUAAUUAAAUUGGGUAGUUUUUCUUAUUUGCAUGUUAGUUAAGUUAGUUUUAGCGAACGGGUUUAACUAUGGCUAUUACAUAUGUAAAUACUGUAUAUAGUUACAACUACAAGACUGAGUAAAUCUAGCCUCUUACAAAUAA